AAGUGUACCACUAAACAUCUCCUGGGAGACUUCUCUUCUAUCGCCUAUCUUCUUAAUGUUAGACACGACGUGCCUGAGAUGGAGAUGACACCUGGUGACGCUGGAGUCUCCGAGGAGGCGGCGGUGGAGGUGUCGCUAGGAGGGGUAGUACAGCUGCAGUGCCCCAGCAAAGAGGGAGGCUGCUGGGGCAAGGUGGGCAAGGAUGGCUCACUAGACCCAGUGGGGCCAGGCCCAGGACUACAUGUUGACCGCAUCCUCUACCAGGAGGCUGGCGAGUACCGCUGUGUCGUCGCCCGCAGCGCUAAACUCGAGAAGUACCGAUCCCACAACGUCCACGUCUCUGUGGUUGGUGGGCCAGCAGUUUACCCCAGUAACAAGACUGUGACAGUAGCCACUGGGGACCGAGCCGAGCUCGCUGUUGAGUUCUGUGCCAACCCUCCCCAUACCAAGGCCUUGUGGAUAAACCAAGACCGGGUGUUCACGCCCGGCCGCAUCCCCACACCUGAUGGAAUAUUUGCUCAUAAAAUAACUGAGGGCCCUACAGCACACUGCUAUGUCGCGGUGCUGGAGUUGACGUGUGUCCAGCCCACGGACCACGGGGAGUACAUGUUCCUGGUAGUCUCUGACAAGGGGGUGAGUCAAGCGUCCAUCCACGUCAACGUGACGAUGGCCAGCGGUUUGCACAGGGUGGUGGUGUCCUGGGGCUGCGUGUCUACCCUGGGCCUCGCCCUCCUGGUGCGCUCCCUCGCUCACCUCCUCACCUCCCCCGGGGACCUCCCCGUCUGACCCUCGGACAAUUGCAUCCACCGGCCAGAAUCUGUGUCUUAAUAGUACCGUAGGUCUGCCAACACCAUGUAGGAUUGUUAGGGUUGCGUCGGAGUUGGAGUGACUACGGACUGUGUUCCGGUAAUAUUGUGAAGAUUAU